CUAAUAUUACCACCAUCCACAUCCUUUUCUUCCCUUAUUCAUCUUCCUCCUCUUCACCCCCUCCUCUUCUUCUUACCAACAUCUUUUGCUUCUUUAAGCCUCCAAAUCCAGCCAGUAAAGGAAAGUUUUUAAGAUAAAAUACUACUAGAGUAAUGAUUCCCACGUCCCACCUCCCAAAAUCAAAAUCAUUGCUUUAAUCCAACGCAAAUACCAGCACCAAUUCCUCCCAGAAAGACGAGCAUUGAAAAAACUAGCUCAAAGUAAUUGAUUUGGACCACUUCCACGCGGGUUCUUACAAAAAUAUCCCUGCCCCUCUACCUUCCAGUGACAGCCAUGACGGCAGUGCUAAGAUCCCCGCCACAGCUUCCUUCAUCUCCAAGUUCCCCGCUUUCUUGCUCAUCCAAUCAUGGCUCUCAAACGCUUUUAACCAACUCUCCUGCAGCUUGUGGUGUGGUUGGCAGGGAGGAGGUGAGUAAAAGGGAAAGCAGAGGAAGAAGAAGAGAAGAAGAAGGGGAGAGUGAGAGAGAGGAGGUGGAGCAACUGUCGGUUUUGGCUCUUAUUCUUACGGUUCUUAGGAAAGUGAGGUGCAGGACGGAGGGGGAAGAGGACGCCGGGCGGAUGGAGAUCGGAUGGCCGACCGAGGUGCGGCAUGUGGCUCAUGUCACCUUCGAUCGCUUCCAUGGUUUCCUUGGUCUUCCUGUGGAGUUCGAGCCUGAGGUUCCGCGGCGAGCUCCGAGUGCUAGUGCGAAGGUGUUUGGAGUUUCAACUGAGUCUAUGCAAUGCUCCUACGACUGUAGAGGAAAUAGUGUACCAACAAUACUCUUGUCAAUGCAGAGAAGCCUAUAUGAACAAGGAGGCUUAAGGGCAGAAGGGAUAUUCAGAAUUAAUGCAGAGAAUAGCCAGGAGGAGUAUGUGAGAGAUCAGUUAAAUAGCGGAGUGGUGCCAGCUGGGAUAGAUGUGCAUUGUUUAGCUGGACUAAUCAAGGCCUGGUUUAGAGAACUUCCAUCUGGUGUGCUCGACCCUCUUUCACCUGAGCAGGUAAUGCAAUGCCAAACAGAAGAAGAUUGUGGACAACUUGCAAAAGGUCUGCCUCCUACAGAGGCUUCGCUCCUCAACUGGGCCAUCAAUUUGAUGACUGAUGUGGUUCAGGAAGAACAUGAAAAUAAAAUGAAUGCCCGUAAUGUUGCAUUGGUCUUCGCUCCGAACAUGACCCAGAUGGCAGAUCCAUUGACUGCACUGAUGUAUGCAGUGCAAGUGAUGAAUUUUCUAAAGAUGUUGAUACUUAAAACACUUAAAGAAAGGCAAGGUUCUGUACUGGAGGACUCUAAAACUCCCCAUCCAGAUCCUCAUGAUGAAAAUGGUGAUCAAAGUCAUGUACUUCAAUUGGGAGUUCAAUAUGAAGAGAAAACAGAUCAAGCUUUUAUUACAGAGGAUCCAAUUCUGGAUGAUCCUAUUCUCCUUCCUGAAGAAAACUAUUCAAAAGAUGCAGUUGUUGAAAGCAAUGAAGAAGCAUUACAAGAGUUGGCGGUGAAAGGGAUCACUGAAGCUUCCACCACCGAUUUAGAAACUGCCGCUGAGAUUCUCACUAAAGUCCAUGCAAAUUCUCGUAGAACCAGGACUGGACAAGCAAGCAAUUCAAAGCAGAAGAGAACUCGGAAGCUUAGCAGACAAUCAACAAGUAAAUCAAGCGCACAGGCAGAGAAGUCAAAAGCAACCACCAUUGUUAGCCGCAUAAACUCCAAAUCAGAGCGUGUAGAAGCAUGGAGGUAAACAUUUGAUGUUCGAUUAGUAAACCAUUCGAUUUGUAACUGACUUGACUUUCAUCUCCGAAGGGGGGCUGUGAUUUAUGAUUAUGCUAUGCCUGUGUUUUGCUUGAGCUUUGUCUUCAUUUCAUGUUUGAAUAUUUUGCAGACUAACUUUUCUUGGCUUUCUAAAAAUUGUAUUCCUUUGAUGUUUGCUACUUGAUUUCCUGGUAUUUCUUUAGUGGAUAGAAUUGUACAUGUACAAAAUCUUAAUACUGAUUGAUAUUUAUCCCGUUGGACCA